UGUUUACUCUGAUUAAAGAUGGGUCAGGCAUAGCCAGCUAGCUUGCCUCCUUUUUCUCGUUUGUUUGUUUUAUUUUUUUAUUUUUCUGUAUUUUUAGCACUGCUUAGAUUAUUAGCUAGCUAAAUGGAGACCCCGGGUUUACCAUGAUACUCCGGACUCAGCAUGACAGAAGAAAUUCGUACGAGAACCGAAGAGCGUUGAAACUGAGGGAAUCUCCAAUUGUAAUGCAGACUAAUUCAUCAGAGACACACACUCCUUCAGGAAAUGGCUUAUCCCUAACACUGCAACCAGAGCGACUCCCGAGGACACCCAACACGGAUGGUUCUUUCAACACGUCGGAACCAGAUGAUGUCCGUGUCUCCAUGACUGGAUCAUCGACAGGACCUAGCGGGAGACAUGCAUCGCGCAGAGCCCGAGCAAGUUCUCACAGUCACUCGCAUUCCCAUGGACACAGCCGCCCCCAUCCUCAACCCGAACCCGAGAACGAAUCUAUCGAUUCCGACUUGGAGAAUGGAGAGCCGAGCACAUCGUUCUCUGAAUUUCGUUACCUCUUUCGCUGGAUUCAAAAAAGUCUUCCGUUCAUAAUCAUCCUCUGUGCUAAGCUUAUAAUUCAACAUGCAUUGGGGCUUGCCGUUGGAGUUGGCUUGUUUACAACUUUUGUGUAUGUAAACACAAAUAUUCAGACCCAAGUGUUUCUCCAGGAUCGACGUUCAAAGUUUCAGUGUGUUUGGCUCUUGCUGUUCCUGCUCUCUUCCACACUCCUACUAUACUACACCUUCCUCAGCGAUGCACUUUACUACUGUCUCAUUUUUAUGAGCCCCAGUAUCGAGCCCUUGGGCUUCUGGGAAGUCUUAUGGGCUGUCGGGGUGACCAACUUUGUUGCAAAGUUCCUCUUCAUGGGAUUAAAGUGCCUUAUUCUCCUGCUCCCCACCUCUGUGGCUGCAUACAGGACUCAGGGGAAAUGGUUUAUGAUGACUGAGGAGGUUGGGCAGGUGUACCAGACAUUGGUGCCCCUGCCAGCUUGGUUUCGCUACCUGGUGACCUACCAGGAGGAGGAUGGUCGCACUGGCCUGACCCUGGGUAUCCUGCUCGCUUUGGUCUACCUCAUACUGAAGCUUUUGGGACUUUAUGGACAAUGGGGUUCUCUUCAGAAAACAAUCACUAUCUUUCUCAGCAAUGAGAAUAGUGGCGUUGCCGCCACCAAGACUCAGUGUGCUGACGCAGGGGAUGUGUGCCCUAUAUGUCGGGCAGAGUACAGGGAGCCACGAGUCCUCCUGUGUCAGCAUAUCUUCUGCGAGGAGUGCAUUGCUUUGUGGUUGAACCAGGACAAGACGUGCCCCCUCUGCAGGACGGUCAUCACGGACAAAGUCCACAAGUGGAAAACUGGUGCCACCUCAGCUUACUUACAAAUAUACUGAUCGUGGAAGCAAGGGAGGAUGGAGUUGGAAAGGGGAUGUUGAACAUGAGAAAAGCCACCUCAUUGUGUAAAUCACUUGACUAGUGUUGUCGAGCACUAGGCAGUGUCAUGAAUGUGCAACAGCUGUUUGACAGCGGUACUCCUCGGUGCACAAAGGGUAACCCUGCCCCAGUGUUACUCAAGGGCUGUGUGUGUAUCUCUGGAUGGUCGAUGUCAGUCAGUCUUAGUGCAAUGUGCACUCCAAUGUGAUAUCAUAACUUCCCCAUUUAUCUUAUUAUUGCAAAUCCUUUUCUGAUCCCCCUCUCAAAAUACUGUUUAAUGUAGUGUUGUAGUUUUUUGUGAUCUUACUUUUAAGUAAUACUUCAGUGAGGGGAUAUUCAGUUUGUAUGACUAUUUUUUGUUCAUGUAUCCUCAGGUGCAGAUGAGGUGAUGGGAAAACAUUUAGGGGAGCUUGUUAUCAUGUUGGGCUAGACCAGUUAGUGGAGCUUUCAGGUCAAGUUGGGCUAGACCAUUUAGGGGUGUGUUUUUUUUAAUGGGGGGAGAGCAUCAUGGAGUUACUGCAGGUGUUUUUUUUUAAGUCCAUUCUUGGACCUUAACACCUGGAUGGAGCAAAGGGUUGGUUUGGGGACCCAAAGAAUGGGCUACGAAUGGCGCUUUGUUUGCUCUCUUUAUUGAGCAUUUUUUUUUUAUCCUCUCUUGGUUUCCAUGAUGCUUCAUUGUAUUUUGUGACAAGCUGACAUAAUGAUCCUACACAUCUUGCCUGAUUUAUACCUUCAUUUCUCAUCUGUGAUCAACUUUACUCAUUGAUCAGCAUUUGAAAUGAGACUUCAAGGAAUCUACUUUCCUAACAAAUCUGACUACUUUGUGUAUUUAAAAUUUGCAGUAUGUGCAAACAUGGUAAAGACCCACGGAUGAUGAUGUGAUUUAUUUUUCUAUAAACAUGCACUCACAUAUUAAAAAGAACCAAAGAGUUAAGGGGGAAGUAGAUACAUCUAUUUUCUUACCAUGUCCCACAGUAUAGUUGGAUCAUGUACAAAGUGUUUUUUCCUAUAUGAUAUAUUUCACAUUAAUAAAUAAAAUGCAUUUGAUUGACUAUAUCCU